AAAGCAACUAAUUAUAGUUAUGAAAGUCAUUGAGGAAAUCAAAUAUUAAGUUGAAAUGGAGAUGAAGAAAAUAUUUGGAAAAUGUAUCGAAAAACGAUACGCAAAAAUAACUGAGUAACUUAAAUAAGAGUGUAUUAAGAAUGUUAUUUAGAAGGGUCGAACAAUAAGAGAAGUAUACUAUUUUAAAUAAAGUAGGUAGCCUAGCAAUUAUCAAUUAAUUAUUCUUCUGCAAAGUCUAUAUUAGCCAAUUAUAGAAAAUCAUAGAAGAGAUUAAAAUUAUAAUAUCAUCUGGAACCAAGAUAAGUGAAAGUUAAUGAUAAAUAUGAUUGGAACAAAUUUAAAAUUUAAACAUAUUGUGAAGACAGGUAAAUUAAUGAAUAUACAAUGGAAAAAUUUGCUUAAAUAAUAAAACAAACUUCAUUAAAUAAAGUAUUAAACUGA